UGUAGUGUAUACCGGAUAAACAUCAGCAUAUUAGCAAUGUAAUGUUUGUCUAAACAAUUCUCAUUCUUAAACAAGGUUAUAUCAAGUUUUAUUUGCUUUACUUGCACAAACAUUUCAUUUGAAUUCUCAAUGAGAUCCUUGAGUGAGACCUAGCUGUUGCCUAGCAACUGACAAACAAAUACCGGGGUGGCGUUCCCUGGCGUAUUAUUACAAACCGUACCUUGCGUGUCACUCAGAAAUCUAUUCAACGUUCUAAAGAGUAACAACUGUUGAAAGACAUGAGCUCAAACAAGCUCUCUGCUGUGUUGGAGAAGCAGAUUCAGCGCCUUUGUCUGAAGGACUUUCCUGUUGGACAUGGCACCUGGAGGAGGACCGAAGGCCGAACAGAGGGAGCAGAGACCGAAGACACGGACGCCCUCCUGGAUCUGCUGAGCUGCCCUCACUCCCCAUGGCGCCAUGAUGGAUCAUGGAGCCCUCAAGCUCUGGCUCUGAGACAGCUUGCAGUACUCACUCCCGAACCCCUGCACCAAGACCUGAUCUACAAUUACUUUACAACACUUCGCAUUGUGGACAAGAGUGUCUCAGCCAUCGACGACGGCCUGUUAAAGUUCUCAAAGCUGGAAGAAUUGGUGCUGAGUGACAAUCACAUCUCACAAAUCUGUGCAGAAAACCUCCCCAGCUCUUUGAAGAUUUUGGACGUACGUGCCAACCGGCUGUCUGCUCUAGACAGUCUCACCACCUGCCCCCCUCCCUGCCUACAGUACCUGAGCCUCAGCUCAAACCGCCUGGGUUCACACCAAGACCUCCAUCAUCUUACAGGAAGACACUGGCCACAGCUGGUGGGUCUGGACCUGGGUCUUUGUGAGUUUGAGGACCAGCAGGCCCUGCUGAGAGCCUUGAGCACGCUGCCCUCCCUCAGGACUCUGGUGCUGGAGGGGAACCCGUUCACUCUGGCUCCCUCCUACCCGGGCUUCACCGUGGACAGUCUGCCAGGACUCUCUUGCCUGGACACAUCGUGGAUCUCCCCCGAGGAGAGACACCACUUUAGGGGCUUUGCCAAGAACAACGUGGCAGUGGGCUGGGCCUCCUGCACAGUGAGUGUGGGCAGGAUGCGGGGAAUCCCACACCCAGUGAUGAGAGUGGAUGAAAACCUUUCAGACUUCCCUGUUGUCAGCUACAGCUAUUUCAUCACAUAUGAGUUCCUUAGUCAUCAGGCUGGUGACCCGAACUCAGACAGGGAUUCUAAACCUGAUGCAGCACAGUGCUUCAGUGACGCUGACCUACAACCGCACAGACAUAGUGGGACAGAAUCAUCCAAACUAAACACGGGAGACUUACUGGUGGAUCCAGAGGAAACCUGCCACCACAUCGCAUAUGUGUCAGAACACAGCACAUCAAAGCUCAUGUGGUCAGGAUGCAUGGACUUCAGUCACACACAAACGUACAUUGUGACUGAUCUGGGAGGCUUGAAGAGGUUCUUGAAUGGAGGAUUAUGUCUUACAAUAGUGGAGGAAAAGGUCCAGUCAUGGCCCGCGGCCUCUGAAGACGUCCUGUUGGCCAAACCCAGCCGCCCUGUCAAAGAGAAGAGCGGAAAAGGCAAAGAAUCUCCAAUCAAAUCUGGAUCCACCAAAGACAAAAAGAAAAAAUGUUUACCCGAGAUGGUCCAGGACGCCCCCAUCAGAAGAAAACUAGGUUCUGUCCACAUCUGCCUUCAAAGCCUGGUCACAGGAGGACAAAAGGUCAAUGUCCUCUGUGACCUUGGGGCUCUGCACCCUGAGACUGAGGAGGACGCUGCACAAACACCUGAAGAGGAUCUGGGAAAGAAAAUCAAAGAGGACAAGAAGGACAAGGAGUCAAAGCAGAGAGGAGACAGUGGUACCAAACAGAAGAAAACAACUGCUUCCAAAGGCAAAGGCAAGGGAAGGCGGGGAGGAGAUGUCCACACAGACAACUCUGACUCCGUCCCAGUGGAACCAGUGACUGUGGAAGUGAACGUGGGGCUGGAGAAAUGGGGCCGUGCGUCUGAAGCUCAUCAACCGCUGAGCCCACAACAGAACUCCUUAAACACACAGCCCGUUUAGUCUUGAAGCCAGAUUCAGGGGUGGGGGGA